CCUAGGAGCGAGAAAAAAGGCAAAUAAAUAAAAGAAAAAAGCCCUAAAAAGGGCAGAGUUAAAACGCAUAUUCUUAAAUGAUCACACCCUGUCUUCUUCUUCGUCUUUCGAUUUCUAUUUCUAUUUCCAUUUCCGGUUCAUAAGCUCUUCUCCUCACUCUCCUUCUUCAGUUGUUGUUUAUUCAAGUUAGUUCUCCGUUUCUUUUCCUCCGGAGUUGCUCUUUCUGCUCUGCAGGGGAGUUUUUAAAGAGGUUUCAUGGCGAGGCUUAUUCGAAAUGCAUCUUUUCUUGGGCGCUCUCUUCUUCAGCGCGAGGGCUACAGGAGAAGCAUAUUGGUAACGUCUUCUCCAAUAUGUAAUUUUUCAACCAAAGGUAAAAAGAAGUCUUCUAAGUCAUCAGAUGGGAGUGAUUCUGCUGACGAGAAAUUGUCCAAGAAAGAGCUGGCCUUACAACAAGCCUUGGAUCAGAUAACUAGCGCAUUUGGAAAGGGGUCUAUCAUGUGGCUUGGCCGUUCUCAGUCAUCUAAAAAUGUCCCUGUGGUUUCCUCAGGUUCGGUUUCUUUGGAUGUAGCUCUAGGAGUUGGUGGCUUCCCUAAGGGCCGUGUAAUCGAGAUUUAUGGUCCAGAGGCAUCUGGAAAGACAACUCUUGCAUUGCAUGUAAUCGCUGAAUCCCAGAAGCAAGGAGGUUGCUGUGUCUUUAUUGAUGCGGAGCAUGCUCUUGAUCCAGCCCUCGCUCAGACUAUUGGAGUGGACACUGAGAACCUCCUCCUAUCUCAACCUGACUGUGGUGAACAAGCUCUUAGUCUUGUGGACACCCUAAUCCGAAGUGGUUCAGUUGAUGUUGUUGUUGUUGACAGUGUAGCUGCUCUUGUGCCUAAAGCUGAACUCGAUGGUGAGAUGGGUGAUGCCCACAUGGCUAUGCAGGCUAGACUCAUGAGCCAAGCACUUCGCAAAUUGUGCCAUUCUUUAUCCCAAUCACAGACUAUAUUAAUAUUUAUUAAUCAGGUAAGGUCAAAGAUGUCCACUUAUGGAUAUGGUGGUCCAUCUGAAGUUACUUGUGGCGGCAAUGCAUUGAAGUUUUAUGCCUCGGUGCGUCUUAAUAUUAGAAGAAUAGGUGCUGUCAUGAAGGGGGAACAGACGAUAGGAAACCAGGUUCAAGUAAAAGUGAUGAAGAAUAAGGUUGCUCCUCCGUUUCGGACCGCUAACUUUGAGCUCGAGUUUGGAAAAGGUAUAAGUAAGGAGGCAGAGCUUAUAGAUUUGGGGUCGAAAUAUAAAUUCGUAACCAAGGCAGGUUCAUUCUUUAAGUAUAAUGGUCAAACAUUCCACGGCAAAGAAGCCUUCAAAGCUUUUCUGUCGAAGGAUGAAGAUGCUAGGAAAGACCUAAUUACGAAAAUUCAGGAGAAACUACUCGAUGUGGAAAUGGAUAAGCCACAGGACGAAGAUGAAACAGCAGGAAGUCCCCAAGAAGAUACUAUCGAGCCUUCUGAUUCUAAUGAUGAAGAUGCAGUUACUGCUUUAGAAGCAUAAGCGGCCUGUAGAUGCCCUUCUAAUUGUGAAUUCAAGCAUUUCCAUCCUCAUUAUCCUAGAUCUAUUCCUCCUCUCUCUUUGCCAGGCACAAAGUUUUGGGUCUCCAUACCACAUUUUUGUAUCUUUUAGUUUGUGCUUUUGUGGUUCCAAUGGUGGAUGAUGAUUACCCUUGUUAUACUAUCAGCCAUUUUUCAUGAAGAAUAGAAUGUUGACAAUGGAGAUUUUAGCAAGUCAGAAUGCCGAUUUUGCAUAAGGCUUUUCGUCCAAAAUGCCGAAUUUGCAUUGCAGCAUGACUUAAUUUGUAAGUGUGAGUAGCUGUAUAACUGACAACUUGUAUUAUUCCCUAAUUGCAUCUUAUUAAAUUGUUGUGCAUUUUUACAUAA